CACUCAAAACCUUGCACAAACAAACCACAUUUCAUUCAUUUAUAUCCCACACACUAUCAGAUAUUGUCCAAGCAAAAACUCAAAUGGCUAGCCUAUUUCAAAAAAAUCAUGCUUCCCAUUUGAUCACCUUCUCUAUCCUCAUUUCAUUCCUCACAUUUCCAACCACCGGAGAAAAUCAUGAUCGAAAAACUCUCGAAAUUGGCUCAGAAAAAAUGAGCCAUUUUCGGGUUUAUUGGCAUGACACUGUGACUGGCCCUGCACCCACUGCAGUGACCAUUGUGAAACCUUACUAUAACAAUUCAUCUACUGAAUUUGGUUUAGUUCGAAUGAUCGAUAAUCCGCUAACCGAAGGGCCGGAUGUGAAGUCGAAAUUGAUAGGAAGAGCUCAGGGGUUCUACGGAUCAGCUGCACAGGAAAAUAUUAGUCUGUUGAUGAGUAUGAAUUUCGCAUUUUUGGAGGGGAAGUAUAAUGGAAGCACCAUCACUGUUUUCGGAAGGAAUGAGGUGUUUAACAAGGUGAGGGAGAUGCCGGUGAUCGGGGGCAGUGGGCUUUUUAGAUUUGCGAGAGGAUAUGUUCAGGCAUCAACUUAUUCGUUUGAUCUCAAAUCUGGUAAUGCUGUUGUAUUGUACGAUGUUUAUGUCAUGCAUUACUGAGUGUUUGCUGCACAAACAGACGCACUUGUGCAUGUAUUCGAACUGCGGAAACAUCGUCUACGGGCGUAAAAUUUGCGUACAUUUUAUCAUUGUUAGACUAAUUUCGGGAAGAUGUUGGGAUUUUCUAUCAGGUAUCUUUUUUUUUUUUUUUUUGUCAGGAUUCUAUCAGGUAUCUUUAUUUGUUUUCAAGUUAAUAUUUUCAGAGUAUUUUCGAUAAGAAACCACUUCGUUGAGUUAUAUACUAUUUAACAGAU